AUGUCGGGACCAUCAAGUAACACGACACAGCGACUCAUUCGCGAGCUGAAGGACUACAGCAAAUCCCCAAACGAGGCACUUCUCCACCUCGGCCCUGUCGACGAUGAGGACCUACUACGCUGGGAAGCAGUGCUGAAGGGCGUGAAUGGGACGCCGUAUGAAGAUGGCCUCUGGCACCUCAAGAUCGCAAUCCCAUCCAACUACCCUCUCUCUCCCCCAACAAUCCACUUCACGACGCGCAUAUCGCACCCGAACAUCUCUUUCAGCACAGGCGAGAUCUGUCUGACGCUGUUGACGACGGAGCAUUGGAGUCCGGUGUAUACGCUUUCGACAACUUUGACAGCCAUUCAACAGUUGUUGACUGAUCCACAGCCUGAUUCACCACUCAAUGUUGAUGUUGCUGCUUUAUUAAGGGAUGGGGAUCUUGCGGCUUGGGAGAGUGUUGUGAGAUAUUGGACUGGGGAGGAGAGGUGGAAGGGGGCGGGGAAUCUUGGGCGAUGA